CAUUGCCUCGGCCAGGCUUGAUCAUCAAUACUUCCCAACUCACCUGCCAUUGAAGCCGUCUCUUCAUAUACACAAAAGCAGAAUACGAUUUGCCAUCCUUUCCUGCUCGUUCGGUCUACCAAAUCCCUUCCAUACGUCUACCAUCUCCCCCUUACCCGACUUGCGUUUGGGAUUCACGAGAUCUGUGACCUUCGGUGACCGACACCCUUACAUGCGACACUCUUCAGCCGCAAUGAUUCAAUUGUCUCCAUCACGCAGGGAGCUGCGAUAGUCCGCGAAACACCUGCGCCCAUGAGCAGGUGCCUGAAUGUCGGCUUCUACCCCAGUUCGUCCCAAUGGCCCAGUUGCCACCAAAGUCUUCCAAGAUCGUGCCGACGACAACAAUCAUCCAUCUCUUCCCGCCUUCCAUUCUGUCCAUGACUAUUCAAGAGGAGGAGAGGCGGGACCAGAUUUAGUGGCUUCGAGCGCACCCAGCCAUCACAGCGAAAGUAGAAGUGGCGACCACGAGGCCCAUCUCAUCUCGGGACGCCUUUCCUUCGGCAGCAGCGUACGGAGUGACGAAUCCAAGAGCAAGGAUAAGGGAAAAGAAAAUGAUGCUGUUCUAUAUCAUGUCCAGCGAAACUCUGGCGGCUUUUUGCUUGAAUCGAUCACCAACCAGAAGCGUUUCUCGCAAUCAUCGUGGACGACUGCCCAUGGCGACUCAAGGAAGAAAAGAGAGAGCGCAGGGUCAGACCUAUCGGUCUCAAAAAGGAGGCAAAGGAACAAUGCGAAUUCGAAUUCGUCCUUCAGGAGUUCACCAUUAGCCAGCGAGUUUAGACGAGAUCCCAUCGUCCACGACCACUCGACUUCGGACACUCUGAUUCCAGGCACGGAUAUCCGAAGGUCCCUGUCCUCAACGCAGGGGGUCGUCCGUAUGAAUGGAAGUGCAGCAUCAAGCUCGAGCAAUGCCGAAUUCCAAAAGCCCGCUGUGGCAAAUGUUGGCUACGCUCAGGACCCGGCGCAAAUUGUUCAAAUGGCGCUCAGUUUGAGCGAGGGCCGACGCAGGCUCGCCUCGGGUAGGAGAUAUGUUUCUAUGGAGCAGGGGGAACGCCGUGUCAUCUCGACUGCGUCUACGAUUGACCCCAGAAACUCGGUCAGAGGAAAGAGCAUUGCUCCAUUUCUUGCAACAAAUCGACAAGCAUCACGGACUGGCUCGCCAAAAGGAAGACAGUCUAACCCCCUACCGGACGCUAACUAUUCCGAAUUAGAUGAGGGCCUUGGUUAUGAUAUGGACUUUGCAGACCAGAUAUCUCCAGCUACAGCAGCUCGUGUGGAAAAGGCGAAGAUAUACUUCGAGAUUGCCCACGAGCAUCGUCGACUACUCUCACACCUUCCUCCGAUCCGCAAGCCAGGCAGCCCGGCAUCAUCCACAGGCCCUGAAGCAAUGCAAAAGGCGUACAACCCUCUUCAAUACGUGCGAAAUCGCAAGUUGCGGAUCUGGGAGAAGACCUCGUUUGACAGCGAGGCAGACGGAUGGCAUGAUGUUGAGAAAGUCAGGGCUUGGGUGGAUGCAGUGAUAUCGAGUCAUCUAGAGACCCAGCAUGACGAACUUGAAUGCGUUCGCUUGCCUCCGCUUGAUCAGAGGACGGCAAAGUCCGACGAUGAAGACCGAGAAGACGCCCUCAAUGAGCCCAAGCGUGCUACAUCUCCUCGAAUACCAGAUCCAUAUCAUUCCAAACCCACUCGACCACGGUCCGACUGGGUUACCCAUCCUGCUGAUCUCAUCGCAGACGCGUAUUGGUUGGAACAAGGUAUGAACAAGACCAAGAUACAGGAUCGUGACAACAGCCUCAUCUAUCCUCCCGAUACACAUUUUAAGUUCUCUGGGUGGAGGAACACGACUCCUCUGGACAUGCGGUCGGAUUUACAGCAGCCGUCUCCUGCGCCCGAAAUAGACACUGUUACUUCGGACGAAGCACCUCCCUCAGCUCUGCCAGAGCUACCCACCUUCAAAUCGGCCCAUCGUCCCCACAAAUAUGCUCGUCGAAGAAGCAAAUUCAAGGAUUCUCUUCAGAUCAAAGAGUCGAGCAGUUCAAGAGAGCGCUCUCGAAUUCGACGAAAGCUAUUUCACGAUAGCGAAUCUGACGAUUCAGCAUCGUCUUCCUCGGACGGGGACGCAAUCGAACGUGGACGAAGACGAUUGCGGCGAAAACGGCUGCAAUCGCCCGGUGAGGAGGGCCAGAAAGCGCGAGGCAGCAGCUCACCGUCGAAACAUUCUCCCCGAGUCGGCGAUUCCAGCCAGGGAUCUUCUGCUGUGAAUUCCAAAAGGUCUUCAGUGGAUCACUCUGCCCUCGCAAAGAUACUCAAAAUAGACACUCUCAAGAAGGCCUCACCACUAAGCAGGUCACGCAACAGGGAAGGGUCAUCUCGUCCCACUUCGACGAGAAUGCCAUUGCGGUCAAGCCUCGAGCAGGAACGACCACCACGUGCAUCGAGUGACUAUGACACUACUACCGUUCAAAACUCGCCUACUGGACCCCAGUGGCCGAGUAUCGCAAUUAACCUGUCACCUCCCCCAAGCCGAGCACCAUCCCCAGCAAGGAAACCUAUAUCCGCAAUUCUAACUCCAUUUCAGCGUAAGCAUGACCAUGAAGAGAACGAGCGAAUCAGUGCUACCGACUUCGCGCGUGCUCCAUCAGCUCAGCCCAAUCAGCUCGCAGGCGAAGUGAAGAAUCAUUUGGACAGUAGUGGCUCGCGCGGUACCAGUCCGAUGACACGAGGUAUGAGUCCAUCCUCAAAGAACCAUACCGAGUCCCCACAACCCGACGAUUUGAUUCUACAGCACUCAGGCGAAAACAGUUAUAAUGCAGCUAGCAAAGUCACCACUCGCUCCGCAGGAACCAGCGGCAGUGACCAUUCUAGGCUUCGAGGCAUCUUCAAGGGCGGACGCAUCGCAGAGCUCGUAGGCAAUGAAGUUUCGAGAGUUGGAGAUUUCAUCUGGAAGCGAGAACCUCCGCCACUCUACAAGCACAGACCGUCUGCUUCAGAGACAAGUCUUCGCUCAUACCCGGGAUCUGACUCUGACAGGGAGGCCGGUGUAAACGGCACUGUCCUGACAACUCCACCUCCAAUGCACCCACCAACAAGGUCAUCAACUAUCUCAAGCACAAAGAGCGAGCAUCUGUCACCGACAAUAACUAGGCUCAGCCCUCCUUCAAAUGGACGACCUCGAUAUUACAAUCCCAACCUUCCCAGCUUCACCUCACCGUUUCAGAGAGAUAGGGAACAACAGGAGAGGAAGCAAGGGCUGCUGUCCACAGAUGACGGGAGAAUCAGGUCCGAUAGCACAGAUCACAUCUCCCGACUUGCUGCACAGCACAGGUCAUCAUCUCAUUCACCACGACUUGGCCGCCUGGCUUUGCCUAAACUCGACACUGGAAGUGCAAGAUCAUCGAACGACUUGGAUCGCAAGCAGAGCUAUGGCUUUGGGGCCGCCCUUGAUUUGACGCGGUCUCGCGACGCAUCCGAGCUUUUGAAUACUGCAAUCAGUUCUGCCACUGGUCUGAAAGGCCUCCAUGGAAGUCGAUCUGCUGGUGACUUGGCCCAUACGGCUGGGUCUGAAGCUACCGAGGAAGAAGCCGACACUGAAGGCAUCUCCUGGCGCGACAUCGGCCGUGCUGAAGCUCUCUUGCUCAGCUCGACGGUGAAGGCGCGAGAGAUUGGACGUCGCGCAGCGGAGGAAAAAGUAGAUCUACCGAAAUUCUUCGUCGAUACACUCACGCCGGAAGACAGGGCAUUGCACACGGCACAAUCAAUGCGUGUCAAGAAGCGAGAGUUGUACAUCAUGGCAGCGAGAAAUAUUAUGAAGAACCUGGACGACUAUUCCUCGACCUUCAACGACAAAUUGAAUGAUUUUAGCUCGUCUGUUGCCCCAGGUCAGCAUAUGCAGCUGCAGGCACUCGAGGAUCUGAUUGAGAACACAAUGACACCCCAAGUCAGAACGACAGCUGACCGAGUGGGCCAGUUGAGCAUGAAACUCACUACGACCAGCACACUCGCUGUAAAAGGGUUGAAUGAUACGAUUGAAGUCGCAUUUCGAAGAAGACGAAGAGGCCCGAUCAGGCUUCUACGUAAAGUCUGGUUUGCUGGAAUUGAAUGGACAGUUGUCGGAUUGCUCUGGCUCAUUUGGGCCGUUGUCUCUAUCAUACAACUGAUCCUUGGGUCUAUUCGAGUCACCCUGAAGACGGUGAAAUGGUUGCUCUGGAUUGCUUGAGGUUGUUGACGACUAAAAACGCGGAGAACAGGCAGCAUUAUCAUACCUGUUCGAGUAUCUACUCGGCACAUUUUGCCCAUGUGGGCAUCGUUUUACUACAGUACUGUGGCUUUGGGUGCUUUUGGCUUGAUGACCUUGUAUACCAAUUUGAGCGAGGCGUUGAAGCGAGACGGUUAGUCCUUCUGGACCUUGGUGCUCUCUGCCUAAAAUUCCAUUCGUCGCUGUUGCCAUUAUUGCCUUUGCUUUAAAGAUGCAGAAACACUUACAUGUUGAGUUUGAAACUAUCGCGCAGCCUAGGGUGA